AUGGGUCAGAAGACCGUUCUCAUCACAGGUUGUAGUGAGGGUGGGAUAGGUGACGCUCUUGCAAAAACCUUCCACGAGAAGGGCUUUCGCGUGUUCGCCAGUGCUCGGAAUACCGCCAAAGUCCAGCAUCUCAAGGGGAUGGGCCUCGAUAUUGUACAACUAGAUGUCACUGAUGACAUGUCGAUCAAGAAAGCAGUGGCGACCUUCAAGACUGCAACGGGUGGGCAUCUAGAUUUUCUGGUCAACAACUCGGGCGCGGGCUAUGCUAUGCCUUUCUUAGAUUCGGACUUAUCGGUCGCAAAGAAGAUGUUCGACGUGAAUGUCUUUGCCGUCGUCGCCGUGACUCAAGCGUUUGCACCGCUUCUGAUCGCCGCCAAGGGAACGAUCAUCAAUAUUGGAUCGAUUCUGGGGAUAAUGCCCCUUCCCUGGCAGGGGUACUACAAUGCAAGCAAAGCUGCUGUGGCGAUUAUCACCGACCAGAUGCGUAUUGAGUUUGCUCCUUGGGGAGUUGGCGCGAUUCUCGUCACCACGGGAGCCAUCAAGACCAAAUUCUUUGAAAACCUUCCUAUCGCACCACGACUGCCAGAGAACUCUCUAUAUUACCCUGCCAAGGAUUUGGUCGAACCUGCAUUGUCUGGAUCGGAGCAGGAGAAGAAUUCGAUGGAUGUCGAUGCUUAUGCCGAGAAGGUGGUGAGGAACGCAAUGCGUUCGAGCCCUAAGAAGCAUCUCUGGUCCGGGGGAGCAACUUUGGUGACUUGGCUGGCCUCAACAUUCGGCUGGUCGACCAUCUGGUUCUCUAACUUGUACAUUCCAGGACAUGAUGCUGCCUCCUAUCGUCCACAUGCCGGAGAUUACGAAGAAGAUCAGAGCCGUACAGAAGACUGGAGCAAGGGCAAGUUGAUCGGAUCCAUGUCCCGGAACGAAUUGAACAUGUAA